ACCCCCCGGGACUUAGGCACAUCGUUAUCAAGUGUCCGCGUGUCACGCCGAACCACCCCGUGCAACUCCAUUCUCCCUCUUCACAUUCAGCUUUCUUCCGCGAAGGAUUAAUUUCAUGGGCGCUCGCAUCCACUUCCAUGCCUCAACACGUACCCCGACCGUGAGCCCGCUUAUUGCCGAAGACCCUCCUUGACCGACCUGCUCUACGUAACCUACGAUAAUUUCUACUACUUCCUCUCGAUAUGAUACCCAGAAGAGAAGAGGAUGUCGAGACGACGCCACUCAGCCCACGCGUUAGCGACGUCUCCGACGAAAGCGCGUACUUGCGCGGGGAAGACUACCUUGAGAGCCCGGCAAGUGAGGCCAGUCAGUGGGCUGAGGGCGAGAAGAGGGGAGCUUGGACAAGCAAAGUGAGACAUGCAGUGGGAAUAGCCCUCCUACUUGCUACCGUGUUCCUAUGGACAGCUAGUAAUUUCCUCGCGAGUACAAUAUUCGCAGACAACUCAUACUCGAAACCUUACUUUGUCACCUAUAUAAAUACCACCUUCUUCAUUAUACCGCUUUUCCCCAUGUUCGUCCACCACCUAUGGGUCGAUCGUCACCGUCCAAACAGCGCGUCACAACACCGUCAACCCAUCCUCGCACAUAUUCGCGAUCUUCUACAACGGCGAGCAGGCAAGUGGAAAUUGCUUCGCGACCACGAAUCUGCGUCUUCACUCUCGUCUUCGAACAAGUCGCGAAACGACGAGGCAGCCGAAGUUCUCUUAUCGUCCUCUCUCCACGGCUCUCAGAGCUUUGGUAACGGGAAGAAUGGGGAGCAGGACGUGGAUGAAGGCAUGACCUUGAAAGACACAGCGAAGCUGGCAUUGGAAUUCUGUCUCCUCUGGUUCUUGGCAAAUUACUUUGCGGCCGCGUGUUUGGAAUACACAACCGUUGCCAGCUCAACUAUCCUCUCUUCCACAUCAUCAAUCUGGACGUUGCUCCUCGGAUCCAUAAUGCGCGUCGAGCGCUUCACGCUACUCAAACUCAUUGGUGUACUCGCUUCUCUGGGCGGGGUAGCCCUCAUUUCCAUGGUCGAUGUGUCCGGCGAGACAGACGAGAAUCGAGGCUCUUUCCCACACAAAACACCAAAAGAGCUAGCCAUCGGCGACGUUAUGGCAUUCGUAUCUGCCGUACUGUACGGUUUCUAUACCGUCUUCAUGAAAGCCCGGAUUGGCGAUGAAACAAGGGUCAACAUGCCCCUUUUCUUCGGUCUCGUCGGUUUGGCUAAUGUCCUGCUGCUGUGGCCCGGCUUUAUCAUUCUGCAUUUGACUGGUAUCGAACCCUUUGAACUACCACCGACAUCCCGCAUCCUCAACAUCGUACUUAUCAAUAGUGCGUCAUCUCUCGUAUCGGAUUUUUGCUGGGCAUACGCCAUGCUGCUUACUUCUCCGCUGAUUGUUACUGUUGGUCUUAGUCUGACGAUCCCGUGCAGUCUUGUGGGACAGAUGGUAUUGGAUGCACAGUAUGCGUCAGCGUUAUAUUGGGUCGGUGCAGCGAUCAUGGUGCUUUCAUUCUUGUUCAUCAACCACGAGGACCGGAAAGAUGAGGUAGAUGGGUUACAAGGCGCGGAUGACGCUGUGACAGAGGUGCAGAGGAGUUUUCAAAGUCUGAGACAGAGUCUGAGUCGAAGAAACUCGACAACUGGGGUUUGAUGCUGAAGCGUCUGAUAUUGAUGCCCUGGUUGCAUGUUCGACCCAUCCAUACGCACCGAGAUUUUUUCCAGUUUUGUAGCAAAAUACCAUAGUCAUUGUUAUUGGUUUCAUGGGGUAUCAUAAUGCAAGUCAUAGUACUACCACUUACU